AUGCUCGAUGACAGGCUCGUCGAGGAGGUGCAACGCAGUCGCAGUGGCAGCGCUGUUGGCAUAACGCAAGGCACACCUGGUGGCAGUGGUGCAGUGGCAGUGGCAGCGGCAACGGUGGCAGCGGGUUCUCCAGCCAGAGCUGGUGGCCAACAGCAACAGUUGGCUUCAGUUACAUCAUCUGCAGCGGCAGCAGGCGGAGUGGCAGUGUACGGUGCUGUGGGCGUUGGCGUCGGCGUUGGCGUUGGACUCGGCGGUGGUGGGGGCAAUGUUGCUGGCGGAGCACGUAAUCGCAGCGCCAGCACAAUACUCGAGCUAAGUCACAACACACUCCAUCACACUCGCAAAUUCUCUAGCGGCAGCGGUGUCGGCGGUGUCGGCGGUGUUGGAAUUGCCAACAUUCAAGCACUUGGCGUUGGUGAUGUGAAUGGCUAUGGUGACAACACAGCAGCUGCGAAAUGCGAUACGUAUAACGGAGGAGUCGGAGUUGGAGUCGGAGUUGGAGUGGGCAGAGCGGGAGGAAGCUUAGCGCAGGAUAGAAACACUGGAUCGAUUAAUGCACCAGCCACAGCAGCAGCAGCGACAGCAACGAUGGCGCAUCUGGCGAAGCAGGAGGAGGAGCAGGAGCAACAACUGGUGGCUCAGCACCAACGAUAG